UCCGAGUGCGAAUUAGUUGCAAUCGAGCAACAACGUGGAGCGGUUCGCGCAAAACUUUAUGCUCGCAAGCUAGUCAUCCAGUGUCACUCGUCACAUUAACAGGUUGAUGCUUGAUUUAUUAUAAAGGCGCCGUUGCUUGGGGUCGUUGAGCCAGUAUAAGUCUGAAAUCGGUGGCGAAAUGAGCACCCUGGCACUGCUGGCGUUCGUCCUUUGGGCACUUUUCCUGCGAUAUUUACCAAAGAUCCUCAAUUUCCUGAGGCUUCAGAGAUUCGCUAAAACAUUGCCAGGUCCAUCGAUUGGUGAACUGAUCGAGAAUGUCAAGAAAGGGGAGAUUCUCAACUGGCUGAAAGAGCUGAGGGAGCGCCAUGGCUCGGUCUUUCGCAUUUGGUUCGGCAAGGAUCUGAUGGUGAUGUUCACGGAUCCGGAGGACAUCAAGCAAUUGCUGGGCAACAAUCAGCUGCUGACCAAGUCGCGGAACUACGAAUUGCUGGAGCCCUGGCUGGGCAAGGGAUUACUCACGAAUGGAGGCGAAUCCUGGCACCGCCGGCGCAAGUUGCUCACUCCGGGCUUCCACUUCCGCAUCCUUGGCGAGUUCAAGGAACCCAUGGAGGAGAACUGCCGCAUCCUGGUCAAUCGCCUGAAGACCAAGGCCAAUGGCGAGUCCUUCGACAUCUAUCCCUACAUCACCCUCUUCGCCCUGGACGCCAUCUGUGAAACGGCCAUGGGCAUUAAGAAGCACGCCCAACUGCAGAGCGAUUCGGACUAUGUGCAGGCUGUUCAGGCUAUCUGCCGGGUGAUGCACAAGCAGAGCUUCUCGUUCUGGCAGCGCCUGAACAUAUUCUUUAAGCACUCCAAGCCGGGAAAGGAGCGUGAGGCGGCCCUGAAGGUGCUCCACGACGAGACGAACCGGGUGAUCCGGCUGCGCAGGGAGCAGCUGAUCCAGGAGCGCAACGAGUCCCGCCCAGAAUCGGAGCAGCAGCAGCAGGACGAUGUGGGUGGCAAGCGGCGACUGGCCUUCCUGGACAUGCUGCUCCUGGCCCAAAUGGAGGGCUCCGGCGGUGGGGCGGAGCUGAGCGACACGGACAUUCGCGAGGAGGUGGACACCUUCAUGUUCGAGGGACACGACACCACCAGUUCGGCCAUCGCCUUUGCCCUGAGCCUGCUCUCCAAGAAUCCCGCGGUGCAGCAGAGGGCCUUCGAGGAGGCCAGCGAACUGGAGGGCAGGGAGAAGGAACCGAUGCCCUACUUGGAGGCGGUGAUCAAGGAGACGCUGCGCAUCUACCCCUCGGUGCCGUUCUUCUCCAGGAAGGUCCUCGAGGAUCUGCAGGUGGGCAAGCUGACCGUGCCCAAGGGCGCCUCAAUCAGCUGCCUCAUCUACAUGCUCCACCGCGAUCCCAACAACUUUCCCGAUCCCGAGCGCUUCGAUCCCGAUCGCUUCCUGCUCAACGAAAAGCAAAUGCAUCCAUUCGCCUUCGCAGCUUUCAGCGCUGGACCCAGGAAUUGCAUAGGCCAGAAGUUUGCCAUGCUGGAGCUGAAGACCUCGCUGUCCACUCUGCUGCGAAGUUAUCGCUUUUUGCCCGAUGAGGAUCACCAGCCAAGACCUUUGGCCGAAUUGGUGACUAAGAGUGGCAAUGGAAUCAGACUUCGGAUUCUGCCACGCGAUGAGAACGGAACCUCAGCAUAAUGCCAUUAUCGCCACAUUUUGUAAUCACUAGUUUCGUAGGCCCCCCCAUGUCUAGAUUAAGUUAAACUAAAUAAUUUAAAGUAAACAAUUGAAAACAUC